CUUUGUCUGUUUGAGCAUAUCUAUGUGUGUGUGGGAUUAUUGGAGAGUGUAUGUGCUACUAUUUAGACUUUAUUGACAUUUUUAUACCACACCUCCUCGUCUCCCACUUCCUGUCAAAGAGUCACUAUGUUUUCCUCUUCUAAACCUUCCAUAUUCUCGCCCUGGACCUCCAUGGAGCAAGGAGACUCAGACGCUCUGGACAUCAGCACCAAAGUGCAACUGUAUGGAGUCCUGUGGAAGAGACCUUUUGGGAGGCCCUCGGCCAAGUGGUCUCGCAGAUUUUUCAUCAUUAAGGAUAGCUUCCUGUUAUAUUAUGCUGAGAAUGAGAAAAAAAACUUCGAGACAAAUAGAUACUUCAACAUUCACCCUAAGGGGGUGAUCCCACUGGGUGGAUGCGUCGUUGAGCCAAGAGAGGACCAAGGCAUGCCGUUCGCAAUGGUUAUCAACCAUGAGGACUUCACUGGAAAUAUUGUCCUGGCUGCUGAAUCAGAGUCAGAGCAAAAUCAGUGGGUGGAGAUGCUACAGGAGUCUGGAAAAGUCACUUGGAAGAACGCUCAGUUGGGGGAGGCUAUGAUUGAAAGUCUGGAAGCUCAGGGCCUACAGCUGGCUAAGGAAAAGCAAGAAUACCUGGAUAAGCUCAUGGAAGAGACUGAGGAACUGUGCUUACAAAGAGAACAGAAAGAGGAGCUAGAGAGACUGAAUCAGUUGCUGGAGGAAGAAAAGCAGAAGUUUGAAGAUGUGGUUCAAGAGUUGAGAGCAGAACAGGAGCAGAUUAAACUAGAUCUGGAUGGUACCGCUCAGUGUUUGAAGGGAGUGGAGUCUGAGAAAGAAGAACUUAACAGUGUCACCACAUUGCUGCAAAAAUCUCUAGAGGAGUUGUCCCAGGAGAAACAGCGCACUCUGGAGCUGCUAAGAGUAAGAGGACAGGAUGCGACUGAAACGGGGAGUGACCGUCGGGCUUCUCUUGACUCCCAGGAUCCAGAGCUGCAGCUUCAGGGGAACCUGAGACACAUCGAGGAGCAGAUGAGGAACCUGCUAAGAGAGAAGGAACAGGCAGAAGAGAGACUGAAGGAAAAUGAACUGCGGGCUAAAGUGCUGCAGGAGGAGCGAGAGUUUUAUUCUUCUCAAGCUAACGCUCUCCAGCAGUCUCUCACGCAGCUCACAGCAGAUAAACAGCACACCGAGGAAGAGCUGAAGGCUGAGAUGGAGUCUCGAGUAGAACUGGAGCGUAGGCUGAAAUUGGCUGAGGAGGCACUGCAAGAUCUAGAACAGGGUCUAAAUGUAAUAGAACGCACCCGUGAGAGAGAUGAAAGAAUGAAGGGAGACGUCAGCCAUCUCCGCAAGUUCUUUGAAGAAUGUAUCUGUGCUGCAGAGAUUGAGGCCAAGUUACCAGCCAUCAUGAAGAAUGCAGUAUAUCUGCAUAAAGCUGCUGCUCGCCGCAUCAAAAGCUGCCGUAUUCAGCGACGGGCCUCAAGGCAGCACUGGUUGAAGCACUCUCAGUCAUUUGCCUCCUUGCAUGGUGAAGUCCCCAGUUUAGACGAGCUGAGAGAAACUGCCCGGCGUCUGACUUCAGACAGUUGUUUGAGACAGCGUGUCUACAAGAUCAUCACCCGCCAGGAGACUGUUCAGUCUGACGACUAACAAUAUUAUGCCUGUUUGACUGACAGACCAAUAGGGAGGGAGGGGGAGCUGUUGUGUAAUCCUGGGUUUCUCUUAUGCAACUGUAUGUCAAUGUUUGGGGAAAGUUCAACAGUCUUAUUUCAGAAAGGGGAAUCUUGCUGUGUAAUUCAAUUGUAUAUGUAUAACACUGUAGAAUAAUAUAACUAGACAUACAAAGAUAUUCAAAAUAUAUAUAUAAAAAAAAUACUUUUAAUCACAUUUAGGUGAAAACAACUUAUACAUUAAAAACUAGCAGGUCUGUUGUAACUAUAUACCCUUCACAACCUAUUAAUUAAAAUGUAGAUAAAAAGUAGAAAAUUAAAUGCACAAAGUAAUUUGGGCUCUAGUUUUAUAGGUGAAGUGUUUAAAUUCUGUCCCACUAGUGUCACUUAAUGGAAUUGCAAAAAUAAUGUUUUCAAACAGGUUUCCCGAACACUCCCCCAUCUGCUAAUGGUUGGAAAACAGGUUGUCCCACCCCAAAGUCACGCUAUUGGCAAUGUAGCUAUGUUGGGCUCAUCAGUGGCCUAUGUCACAAAGCAGGAUUAAGCAGCUAGCUAGAUAAGUUUAAACGUAGUUUGAGCAAACUCUGAAUCUGUGGUACAAUUAAAGUUGAUAGGCUUUCUUGCAAGCCGUGGUUCCUCACCACAGUAACACGCUAAUUGGCUAACCUGCUCAGGGGCAGGUUAUGUUCCGAUCAGAGAUCUCAUCCAGAUACUGGACCAAUCAGCUGUGAGGAAAGGGACAGUCACUCCCCCCAGUAUCUCUCACUCCAAUUUAAAGUGCACUUCAAUGAGACAAUUUUAGAAAUUUACAAAAUAAGCUAUUUAUGAUCAUAAUUUAUUGCAAGAAAUAUAUUUUUGGCAGUCUUGCAUUGGUUUAAAGACACGUUACUUUUUCCCAAUCAUUUUCCCACACUGGCAAUAAAAUAUGUAUGAAUAAAUAAACCUAAAAUAAUUAUAAAAUUUGCAAGAUAUUAAUACAGUAUCAAUAAUGAUCGAAUUACUUUAAAAUAUAAAAACUUAAUCACUCCACAAUAUACUGAAGAUAUAUCAGAAAAGUGUGAAUGCCACCCAAACUCUUCCUUAUUAGGAUUUGCUGGCAGAGAUGCCAUGAACAUACAGUAUUUCACUUGAAGUUCAAUAAAAGCCCACUAGUAAACCAAAUAUGUCUUUAUUGUGUCUUAUGCUGCUAGAAAUAAUAAAUACGUCUUUGUAAGUGCAUACCAUCUACUCAUUUUCCAUUUGCUCACAUUUUUGUUAUUUAAUAGUGUAUUAAUGUCUAAAUGUAUUAAAUUAUAUUAAGUUAGUAAUUUAAAUGAAUACUAAAGCUUUUAAUUUCCAUUUUUUAACAUUUCAAAUCAAGAUAUUAAACUUUUAAAAUUACAAGCCUGAAUGUUCUUGUUGUGGACCUAUAUAAAGUUACUUUCACAUCAAUAUAUUAUCUAUUUUAAUAUUGUAAUCACAUUCAGAUUUUUUUUCAUGCUCUAGCUACAGCAGCAGAAGUGUUUCUUCUUGCGGAGAAAAUGUCUUUAAAUUCUUUAUCAUUUACUAGUGAUCCUCUGUGCUGUGUGAAUGUAUUAUAAUUAUUCAUGAUUUCAUAGUGAUUAUUUGUGUUGUGUAAAUGUUUCAAUUGAUCAUAUUUUUUAACGUCCUCUUAUGCUGUUAUAUCUGUGUUUAACUUCUUAUAAUUUAUCAUAAUUUGCGUAAUCAUCUUCAGCAGACAAUCACUCGAUUGGCUGUUCACUUCAUUCAUGUUAACAAGCACGUGAACUAAUCAUAACCUUGGGAUCAAACUCUGAUCAGGCCUUUUCACAAUCCAGGUUUUGGAACACGGAAGUAAACGUUUGCAGGGUAAACUUCGACAGCGGUGAAUGGGAGAUCACAUCAAAUUUUAUUUUCACUUACCCAUUUGCUCCAAGACCAAAAGAAAAAAUCCAUCAUUACGUUUGAAUGAUUUUCCAGAAGAGUAAAAAAUAGAGAGCGGUGGAUUAAGACUGUUAUAGAAACCCCCUCGCAGCCAAGAGCAUAGAUUUGAAUACUGGGUGCAGCAUGAAGCAUCUACAUGAUCAUGGUAUAAAUAUUGGGGGAGUAUGACGAGGAGGGGGGGCGGGACUUGACUACGCACACCCAUCCCCCAAUCGGGCUAACCAGC